CGUAAAUUGUUUAGUAUACAUUGUUUUAUAUGCAUUCAAGACCAAGUCAUCUGUUAGUGCAAAGUUUGAAUCAAUGUCACUUUGAUUGUUCACAUAAGUAUUUGGGAAUUGAACUUUAGGCGCUUCCAAUUAUCUACUACGCUACUGUGAUGUCGUCGAUGCAAACAUUGAAUGGUGGGGUUGGGAGACACACAUUAGAAGAUGUGACUGGUAUUGUUGGGUCGCCUACUUCAAGUUUUGUUAGUACUGAAGCAUCUGAGUGUUCUUCGUCAUCUAAUCGUCCGAGAAAAAAAUACGAAUGUGUACCAGAAGUUAUGAAAACAGCUCCAGAUUAUAUUGAUCAGAGAAUACGAAAUAGAAACGCGGUGAAACGAUUUCGUGAAAAAUCAAAAACGAAAGCAAAGCAACUUGAGGAAGAAAAAGCCAGUUUAACUGCAUUAACGAAACUUUAUGAUAAUGAAUUGAUUCGAAUUAACCGUUCUAAGCAGGUAACUUCAUUUUUCACUCUAUUGUUCAGUUUUUAUUCCUUAAAGUUAUUUAUUUUAUGGCUGAUUUAAUUUUGAAUAUGAGGUAUACUUAUGGUCUUAUUUGUGGAUGUUGGUCUAUUGCAAAGGAUGUGCAUAUUUUAUAUAUGAGAAGAUGGAAUAUUGACUUGUGCUAUGUAAUCAAUGGAGAUCUUGCACAAUACAGUGAUUAUACAGUUACAAACUGAAAUGAAGAACUAGAAAGUGAUAUUUUUUUUAAGAAAUCAGUUCAACCAGUCUUAUUGCCCAUAUUCUCCGGUAUAAUAAUUUCAUGGUUAUCAAAUACUAAACGUUAUUCAUUCACUUUAGAAAUUAGCUCUUAUCUCUUGUAUAUUUUACACAUAUCACCUUUACUGGUUUAGUGCUAACUAGCAUUGGAAUCCAGGACACUCAUUUAGUCCUAUUUUGGACUUGUGAGCCACCAUUAGCAUGACUAGAUUUGAUUUAUUGAUCAUUAAAAGUAUUGGGACAUGCGUUUAAAGAGGUCACAUGCAAAAAUAAGGCUAAUAAGUGGUUUAGAUAUGUCAACAGGGAGUGAAGAGAAUGUGAGUGAAUAAUUUCAUACCACUUUUAUUGUCUCCGCACUACUCAUGUCUUAUUUCAUCUUUUUUGUCCGUGUUUUUGUUUAAUUUAUCAGAUACUUUAAUUACUAUUGUCUAGUUUCCUAUGAUAGGGAUUUUCUACUGUAUAUAUUGUUUCCUUUAAUUCCUAGAGAAACACAGGGCUUCAGCCGUGCGUCUCCAUUGCGUUUGGUUCUCUGC